AUGGGGAAGCCUAGAGGUAGAAAUUUCAACAGGAAUGCAAAGACCGAGGAGCGCGAUGAUAGCUUGAAGGCGGUAACUGAAAGGGCUGACCGUGCUGAAAGCGGGCAAGUUUCUUCUGGCGAUCAACCCAAUACAUUUUUUGGCGUUUUGGAUACUCAGGAACUGGAGUAUUUUAAGCAAGCUGAAUCCACUUUGAAUAUUGAUACAUUUGAGACUCCUGAGGAAAAAGCUCAGUUUGUCUCCAGCGUUAUAGAGGAGACGAAAAACAAAGAAUUGAAGCUAGCUACGUCUCAAAUCUGUUCAAAACUUAUGGAAAGACUAAUUCUAAACUGCACAAAUGUGGAAUUGAAAUCAGUUUUCCAAGGCUUCAAUGGGUUUUUCUUCAACAUGUCAUGCCAUAAAUACUCAUCGCAUGUUCUGGAGACUCUCCUGGUCAGAGGCGCUGCUAUUGUAGAAAAAGAGCUGUUGACACCGCAUUUUGAAGACGCCACCGUUGCGAAGGAUGACAGAGAGGUGUUCGCUUCUAUGGAAGCACUAUUUUUGCAUGCAAUCAAUGAACUGACACCCAAUGUCCGGCUUAUGUUGACCCAUAGGUACUCAUCCCAUGUUCUCCGUCUAUUGAUAUUGAUCUUGUCGUCAAAGACUCUCCCCAGCACAACGAUAAGCAACUCUGCAUUGCGUUCUAAGAAAUCGAAAAUUGCGCGCAAGAUGAUUGAUAUUAAGGACAACGAGGACUUCAACAAGACAUACAAAACUCCAGACUCUUUCAAAGUGAAACUUCGCGAGAUAUUGUCUUCUCUGUAUAAAGUGUUGACAAAUGGUGCUGACCUGGGAUCUUCGAAUUUUAAGAACAUUAGUCCAACCUGCGUGACCAAAGUUAGAGAACUCUGUAUUGACCCGGUUGCCUCUCCUGUGUUACAAUUGAUCAUUCAGGUCGAAGGUAUCUUUGAUAGAGAUAGGUCAUACUGGCAUCUGAUAUUCUCAUCAAGUGAAGAGAAAAAUGCUAAAGAAGAAGCCCUUGUCGAAUACUUACUAUCCGAUCCAGUUGGCUCCCACUUUCUUGAGAACGUGAUCUCCUUUACUCGUGUCAAGUACACUGAACGACUCUAUAAGAUGUACAUGAAAGACCGUAUUCUGAAGUUGAGUAAGAGAGAGUUGACAGGUGCUUUUGUUGUUCAAGCGCUGCUGAAACAUUUGCGUCCACACGAUGUAAAGUCCAUUUUGAACGAUAUUGUCCCUGAACUGAGUUUGAUCGUAAACUCAAACCUGGAAUUUUGCACUACUGUCCUAGAAGCGAGCAUCCAGCAAGAAGAUUACAUGAAAGAAACGAUCGUUUCUCAACUGGUAAAGAAGUAUUAUCCGGAAGAAUCAGAAGAGAAGAAUAUUCUCGAAAGUUGUUUACAUUUGACAUCCUCAACCCUGGGUAAUACGAGAGAUGACUGGCCCACCGCAGAAGAAAGACGUAGGUCAUUAUUUUUAGAGAAACUGAUUGACUACGACGAUAGCUUUUUGAAUAUAACAGUGGAGAGUUUAUUGGCCUUGCCCGAACAAAGGCUUUUGCAAAUGUGUUACCACGGCGUGUUUUCGCACGUUGUUGAACACGUCUUGCAGGUGAAGAGGGUUGAUAAAAUCCAGAGAAAACGUCUGCUUAAUGUUUUCUGCACCGACGUGGUAAAUCUAUCCUGUAAUGCUUACGGUUCUCAUCUCAUCGACAAACUUUGGGAAUUCACAGCACAACUGCCAAUGUACAAGGAGCGGAUUGCCACAAGUAUGACAAACGAGUCUGAGAAAGUGAAGAACAGCGUUUACGGAAGGCAGGCGUGGAAAAAUUGGUCACUUGAUAAGUUCAUGAGGAAACGCUUCGACUGGAAGCGCCUUGUAAAGGAGCAAGUGGAGGAGCUGUUCCCAGAUACGCAGAACUCGCUACCCCAGCCCUCUUCGGUCGGCAACAAACGAAGGAUGAAUGGGGAUGUGGCAGAUAAUUACAAGAAGGCUAGAAGGUAG